CCCAGCCUUUCGUUUGACAAAAGAGAUAGCUACCUCCGCACAAAACUCCUGUUCUCAAUUAUCAACCGAACCAUAUGACGCGGACGGUGAGAUCGCUGCCCAAGAGAGCCGUGCACGCGCCGUUUGCAGUCGCAAUGGCUGCGUCGCUGUGCGUCACCCUGUUGUUCCUUCUGUCGGUGAAGGCUAMAGGUGCGAAUCGAGAGAGACAACAACUCCCGAAGAACGACUUCAAUGACACCGCCAYUGGUGAUGGUUCCACCGGAGAGAAUGAGCGAGGACCUGUUCUCUUUCCGGCCCCCGGUCCCAGCGCCAGGAUCGAGUAUCCGAUCCGAGCCACGGGGAACAGUCCCUACGCUCGAUUGCCCGAUGACGAGCGCUGCCGGUGGUUGGAGAGCGGACCCGAUGUUUGGGCGGCAAACGACACCGGGACCGAAAAGAAGCACACCGACAAUCCAAGGUUCAAUGCUACCACGCUCGAUGYCAUGUUCCGUAGGAUUGUUCGCAUCUACCGGGAAGACGAAGACCUGAAGGGCAGGCUCACGGUAGCCUCGUCGCCCGAUGCUCUGCCGAAAAAGGUCAAAUCAGAUUAUGCCAAGUCCGAAGACACCGAUGCCGAUGCUGACGAUGAUGAUGGUUUCGUCGACGGUUACGAAGAUGAAGGUUACUACUACGACGACGACGAUGAAAUUGUAGACGASGAUCCCUUCGACUUACUUGAGGGAGACGGUGGACCAUGGGUAUUAUGGAUCGACAACUUUUUGACCGACAAAGAAUCCAAUCRAUUGGCCAAGCUAGGAGCUAUGGAAGGCUACCAAAAAAGCACCAUUUUCGACGACGACGAUUCGUAUAUGGGUGGGGACGGUGCCUACGAUUACAGCGCGGAGGACAAGGAGGAUGGUACUGGAACAAAGAAAGAGGCAAUACAAGAGUCACAAACCGCCGCCGCCACCAACCCCGUGCCGAAAAUGGGACGCACCAGCGAGACUGCCUGGUGCCAGAGCCCCUUUUGCGUUGGGGACGAAAUCUAUAGAAGCGUGACGGCCCGGAUCCACGAUUUGGUCCAGAUCGAUUCCUCGCACUCGGAAUCCCUCCAGUUGCUCCACUACAACGUCGGCCAGUACUAUGCCGAUCAUCACGACUACUACUUCAUCGAGGACCCCACCGAGUGGAGYCAGGACGGGGGGCGGAUCCUGACGGUCUUUUUGUACCUCAACGACGUCCAAGGCGGGGGCGAAACCAGCUUUCCCCGAUUGAACCUGACGAUUGCUCCCCAAAAAGGAAGGGCGGUCCUGUGGCCGUCGGUUCUUGACUCCGACCCGCGGAGCAUCGACUGGAGGACCGAGCACGCGGCCCUGCCCGUGGCCAGGGGGGAGAAACACGGUGCCAACUUGUGGUUCCACCUCAAGCCCAUCCGGCGGAAGUGGUUUCGGUACGAGUGCGACGCGCCAAGAACGCGAGGAAAGACGUACGGCGACGUGAUAUGGUUCGACGACGAUGAUGCCAUGGAUGACGAAUGGUUCGACGACGAUGAUGCCAUGGUCGACGAAAUCGAGUACAAAGAAGGAAAAGAGGAACUGUAGAGAAAUCAAUUAUAGUACCGAAG